AUGAAAGCUAGGGUUGCUUCCUCUACUCCAAUGAUGGACUCCUCACAUGUGGUCCUUGAUGUAGUUCCUUUAUCAAUGGUUCCAUGUCAUGUCUCUGUUCAAAACAAGAUGAGACCUCCGUCUAUAAAGAAAGAACAUUCAAUUAUAAGCCUCUAUCUUGUACCUAUUAAAUCUGCUAAUGUUUCUGCUAAAGAGUUUAUCUGUUCAAAAUUGGUUAGUAGAGUGGAGCCCUCUGGUUCAUCUGCUUCAGAAAAGUCUAAUAAAGUUGUGUCUAUUGAUGACCCUGUGUCUAUGAAUGCUAAGGAGAAUCAAGAUGUGUCUAAUGAUGAGGAAAGUCUAGGUGGAAGGAAAGAAAAAUCCAAUGUCAUUGUUAAUUUUAAUGAGUUGGACUCUGAUGAAGAGACCAUUGCUAAGAAUAUGGCCACUGGCAUUGCCAAGAGGCUGAAGAAUAGAAUAAGCAAGGUUGUGAUGACUGAAGGCAUGCCCUCUAAGGCUGCCAAGAAGCAUGUUAGUGUAGGUUCCACCAAAAGCUGGAGAAAAGUGACUGCUAAUAGGAAGAGGAAUGAGGUCUCCUCGAGUGAGUCUGAUUUUGAUGUUGAACAUGAUGUUUGGGACAUCACUCCAGUUCUGAAAAAGAUACUUGUGAAUGUUCCUGAGGUACCUUUAGAUAAUAUCUCUUUCCAUUCUGUUGAAAAUGUUGACAGAUGGAAGUUUAUUUACCAGAGAAGGCUAGCUCUGGAGAGGGAACUUCGAAAGGAUGCACUUGAAUGCAACAAAGUUAUGAAGCUCAUUGAACAUGCUGGUUUGAUGAAAAGUGUCACAGAUUGUGACAACAAGAAAAACAAGGAUUUCAUAAAAGUAUUUGUAAGAGGAAAAUGUGUGCAAUUUUCACUUGAUGUGAUUAAUAGAUACAUGGUAAGAUGUGAAGAUGAACAGGUUGAGAUAGAAGUGACUGACAACUUGGUUUGCAAAGAAAUUACUACAAAACAGGUCCCCGCCAAUCAUACAUCAACCAUUGCCAUAGGAUUAGGGAAGUUCAUCUAUGUUAUUGGCACAAAAACCAACUUUGAUUUUGAAGCUUAUGUUUUUGAACAAACUUUGAAGCAUGUUGGUACAUGUGCUGUGAAAAUGCCCAUUGCAUUUCCUUCUCUUAUAUGUGGAGUUACUAUCAGUCAACAUCCAGAUUUUGUUCAAGUGUUAAGAGCAGCAGACCAGUUGGAGAGAGACCUUGUGCAAAUAGUUGUUGAGGAUUCAGUAGAUAGUGAUGAUGGUGGCAAAGCAGUCACACGUCGUCAUUGGACAUGGAUAGGUUCCUUUGCAGUUGAAGGAGAGAUUCUGGAUGGGAUUAUCACAAGCAGUCGCGGAGAGGUUAAACGAAUUUGCAGUCCAAAUGUGACGAGCUCCAUUGUAACACCGUCCAAUGAGUUUGCAAUUGCAAAAUCUACUAUUCCUUCAAGGAGUGAAACGGCUGCUGUAAUCACACAAGAUGCACGUAAUGGUUUCAACUUAGGAGGAAACAAUGCCAACAAUUUGCUUGCUCAAAUUGCUGGCUUGGAUGACCAUUUAUGCUUUCCUGUUGAUUAG